AUGUCUUUGAAAGUCCAAGAGAAAGUUCAUUGUUAUGAUACCUUGUUCUACAUUCCGGAAAGUUGUUCGCAUAGAGGCCACAGACUAAUCCAAUUGAGAAAUGGUUUGAUCGUUCUUCUGGUUUCAGAUCCUUUGAAGGAUGUUUCAGCUUGUUCGUUAACUGUAGCUACAGGUGCUCAUGAUGACCCCUGUGAUCUACCUGGCCUCGCCCAUUUAUGCGAGCAUAUGUUACUUUUGGGAACCAAGAAGUACCCCCAGCCAGACCAUUUCUACAAAUUGAUUUCAAAACUAGGAGGAACUCAAAACGCUACUACCACCGGAGAGACUACUAGUUUUUAUUUUGAAACACCUUCUGGGGUAACGAAUGAUGGCAUUCCCAUUAUUGAUCAUGUGCUGGACGUAUUUUCCCAGUUUUUCAAGGAGCCACUUUUCAAUAAAAGCAACAGUAACAGGGAGAUCAUGGCGGUAAAUAACGAGCAUACCAACAACAAAACAAUCAACCAAAGAUUGAUGUACCAUGGGCUACGACUUUUAAGUAGCAGAAAUCAUCCAUUUCAUAGGUUUGCCACUGGGAACAUUUCAACAUUGCUGAACACACCCAAGGCCAGGAGGAUCAACGUUAGAGAAAGGUUGUUGAAAUUUCAUGCCAAGAAUUACAAAGCUGCUAACAUGUCUCUUGUAUUGAAAGGUCCUCAGUCGUUGAAUGCCUUGCAGAAAUUAGUCAUGACCCAUUUCAUUGAAGGAAUUCCUGGCCAAGAGUUUCCUAAUGGGUUUAGCCUUACCAACUUGCACAUCAACCAACGAAAAUGGAACUAUAAACAUCCAGCUUUUGAGCGCACGAGUCAAUGUGAUGUGACUCUUAUUAACAGAUCAAUUGACAAGCCUUGGUGUCGCUUGCACUUCCCGGUUGGUGACGAUCAUCUACUCUCAGUGUUCUGGGUUCAUAUAUAUGGUGAUGAAUCGCCCAAUAGUAUCUGUGAUAUGUUAAAGCAAGAGAAUCUCAUAACUUCUUUGACGGCUUAUCCACUUACCAUAUCCGUAGGUGAAGUUUUGUUGACUUUAGAAAUGAAACUAACCACCAACGGGGCUAAAAAAAUUAGUCAAAUACUGAACAUCUUAUUUUCAUUCACUGAAGAGUUGAUCAAAACAGAUUUGAAAGAUUAUUUGAGAAGCAUAAUUUCCUUGGAAUUGUUUAAUUAUCUCAAUUCUGAAGGGCAAGGUUCCUCAAUGGACGAAGUUCAUUCUCUUUCCUUGGGAUUAUUAAAUAACUUUGCACGUCUAGGCCCUAACUGGAUUAUACGGCAACAAUCCGGCUGGAAUUCUCUUUAUGAAGAGCACGAAACAAACACAAUUGAUUACUUUUUUCAUGAACUUUUAAGAAGAGUCAAAUUUAACAAUUGCAAGCUUAUAUUCAUCGGGAAAGAAAUCCACUUCAAGUAUUUCAAGCUAUUGAAUAUUAAAUUCAACCGACCCCGAACUGACCCAUAUUUUGAUUUCGAAUACUGUCUUGGAUCAUCAUUGACAGCCCCAGCUAUGGACAUACCGCUUGCGGUAUCGUUUCCAACUUUGAACACAUUUUUGCCAGCUGAAUUCCAUGAUCCUAUGAAUGUGCUGAAACGCAUACGAAACGCUUCAAUCAAUGCCUACAAAUCGCCUUUGUCAUUAGUCGCAAAAGCUGAGGGAGUUGAGGAUCCUAUACCAACCCAAAUUGAAAAUAAUCAUUUCCAUCAAUUGUGGUUCAGAAAAACGAACAACGAGAGGAAUGGAAUAGUUUCAGUAGAUAUGGUUCAGGAUAUAAUACCUUGUUCUAGCACUGCGACUAUUUUCAUCGAUAUAAUAUGUGAAUUGCUUGCAGGUUUAUUGAAGAAAAAAUUAUACGAGGCUGAGCUGCUCGGGGUUACAUGGACUAUCUAUCCUUCGGUGAAGGGGGACUGCUCAAUAGGAUUGACUGUGUCAGGGUUCUCAGAAACACUCAGUGAAAUGUUUAAAGCAAUUAUAGAUCAAAUUCAGUGUCUAUUAGCAAAUCUUUCCACUUUCAAGGAUGAGUAUAUUGAUGCAAGAGUCGCUGUAAGAACAAGGUACGAAAGCUUAAAAGACCAGAAUUCAAUCAUGCUAGCCACGGCAGGAUUGAUACACGUUAUAGAGGAAAACACCUGGACAAUAGACGAAAGGCUGGAAAAAUUGGAGGAGAUUACGAAAGACGAACUUAAAAACUUUUUGGGUACGUUUUUCGGCUCUCCAUGUUCGGUGAGUAUGCUAUAUGAGGGAAUGACUGAUUUUUCUAUGACAUAUUCACAACUAUUGAACCCACUGACUAAACACCGAGACUGCUUUGGAGACCCAAGUGUUAGCUUCAGGUGUUUCCGAAGAUCGUACUUACUGAAUACUGGCAAUUAUGCUUACUAUAAAACGUCCAACGAUGCCACCAGUGCAAUUUCAUAUUUUGUGCAAACGGGACUAAGAUCAGAUGUCUAUAAUCGAACGCUGACUAAAGUAGUUUCCUUUUUAAUGAGCUUGCACCUUGAGCCCAAACUAAGGACAGAGGAACAACUUGGAUACAUUGUGAUGGGAAGUAUAAAAUUGUUUAGGGCAACUACAGGAAUCUGUAUCAGUGUGAUGAGCAGUGAAUUUGAAGUUGAAUAUUUGCAUUUCAGAAUUAAAUGCUUCCUAGAGUAUCUGUAUGAUGUGACCAACAGGAUGACUCAAGACGAAUUUAAAGUUCAAAUAUUAAAUCCUAUGUUGACCAAAAUACAGAAUGACACAAGCUCUUCCAAACUAGAUUCCAGCUCUGCUAUAAUGAAGAUGAAUAUCCAGGGAAUAACUGGGGUGAACGAACCAAAUACACUAGCCCUGAUAUCGCAUAAGUCGUGUUGGGAGCAGAUAUCAUCUGGCACCUACAACUUUUGCAGUUAUUCAUUUGAUGAUUUCAUUGACACAUAUCGCCUUGAAAUGUUAGAUAAAUGUGAGUUUGUUGAGUGGUUCAGGUCAAAGUUUCUUGAAAAAGAGCAACAACUUUCUAUUAUGAUAAAAAGUAAGUUCAACAAAGAACAACUGAAAAUGGAGAUGCUCACUCUACGUUUAUCGGCCUUCUUGAAUGUUGCGGGGCUAAGAAUAACCGACGAAGAUUUAGAACAUAUACUGAAAAAGUCGAACGGGGAAUUUGGAGCUCUUAUCAAAUUACUCGUCAAACAUUUCAAAAGUCGAAGUCUUAAAUUAACUGGCUUUGUUGUCCAUGAAAUGAUGACAACAGUGGCGUAUUCACUAAACAAAAAUAGCAAAUAUCAACGGAUGCUUGCCAAAAGGAUUGAUAACAUGGACAACUUUCAUUCAUCCCUGCAUUGUAUAGAUUACGACUGA